AAUUUGAAUAGUGGUUCCUCUAGGGUAGGCUAUUUGCUUCUUCCGUAUUUCAUAGUCCACUUGUAACUUCCGUGUUUCGAAGGCUAUCUUACUGGGUCAAGCGGCUUAUCACAAUGAGGUCCAUCCCGGAAGACUUGGCGACACUUAUUUCAGAUCUGGAAACUUAUUUAACCGAUGUCCUUAAAGGGGAGAAUCUGAGCAAGAAAGCAAAAGAGAAAAAGGAUGCCUUUAUCAAGCGCAUUAAAGAUGUGAAAUCGAGCUACUCACAAGAUUUCAAGGACAAACGAGAUGAAGAGCUUCCAGAGCCUGAUGAAGCAGACACUAACGACGGAGGAUCACUGCAGUCCGAGCAGAACGAAAGAGAUGAGGAAAGCGCUUAUGAUGGAGUUCAACAGUAUCCUCCCGUGGCAGCUCAGGACCUUCAGUCCGUUUUAAAGAGUGGCUACCUGGAGAAACGCAGAAAGGAUCACAGCUUCUUUGGCAAUGAAUGGCAGAAGAGAUGGUGUGCUUUAAGCAACAACAUAUUCUACUACUAUGGCAGUGAGAAAGAUAAACAGCAGAAGGGAGAGUUUAAUAUUGUCGGCUACACAGUCAAAUUGAACAACACCCUGCGGAAAGAUGCAAAGCGAGAUUGCUGCUUUGAGGUCUCUGCUCCAGACAAGCGUGUAUAUCAGUUCUGUGCUGCAUCCGAGAAAGAUGCAAAAGAGUGGGUGGAGCACGUUGACUUUCUAAUCAAAGACAUGGGUGGAGUCAUUCCUGUAGAUGAAAUGGAUGAAGAGUAUGAUGACUGUUUAUCUAUGAAUCAACCAACCAACCAUCCUGAACCUAUUGAUGAUGACAUUUACGAAGAACUCCCAGAGGAAGAUACACCCCAACCUGUUAAACCAGCAGUGACCCUGGCCAGCAAACCCCCACCAUCUACCCCUGUGACAGCAGCAGCGAACAAGGGCACAGACUACGCCAACUACUUCCAGGGCUUGUGGGAUUGUGCUGGAGAGCAACCCGAUGAGCUCUCCUUCAAGCGAGGAGACACCAUCUACAUCCUCAGCAAGGAGUAUGACAUGUUUGGCUGGUGGGUGGGGGAGAUGAAAGGGGUCAUCGGAAUCGUGCCUAAGGAGUAUCUUCUCGAACUGUAUGUGCUGUAAAUGGUCUAAGGAAAACUGAUGUCCUGCUGUUGUAGCUUCAUGUUCCACAAGCCACUGUGUGUUUCUAUUAUUCUGUGUGAUAUGAAAAUUAUACUGGCAGUUCAAAAGCACAAGUGAUUGUAAAAUACAUGAAGGAUGUGAAGCUUAUUUUUGCUAAUUAUUUAAUUAUUACGUGCUGACUGAGUGAAUGUAAACCUUUAGGUAAAAACUGUCUGAAAUAAAGCUUGCGCGUUCACA